UGUGGCCAGCAGCUCUGCAGCACUCGGCUCGGCUCCACUCCGCUCAGCUCCGCUCCAGGCAGGCCACCUCCUCCCUGCCCUCUUCCUCCCCCUGCUCCUGCUGUCACCACUCACCGCUCACAGCCUCGAGGAGGUGGGGACCCCAGGGCUGGACACACCCCACCGUGGCCCCGGAGCCCACCUGGUCGGACGGACAAACGCUUGGACGCAGGACCCCGGAGCCCCGAGGUGGGCAGUGUGCCAGGGUCCCUCACAGCCUCCUCAAGCCACCUCCAGGCUAUGGGCACCAAGACAGCGUUGCCGGCGGCGGAGCUGGGCCUGUACUCCCUGGUGCUGAGUGGGGCCCUGGCCUACGCUGGCCGGGGCCUCCUCGAGGCUUCACAAGAUGGGGCCCAGAGGAAGGCCUUCCGGGAGUCUGUGCGACCCGGCUGGGAGUACAUUGGUCGGAAGAUGGACGUGGCUGACUUCGAGUGGGUGAUGUGGUUCGGCUCCUUCCGCAACGUCAUCCUCUUCACCCUCUCCGGACACGUGCUGUUUGCGAAACUCUGCACCAUGGUGGCUCCGCAGCUCCGCGCCUGGAUGUACGCUGUGUACGGGGCCCUGGCCGUGGUGGGCACGAUGGGCCCCUGGUACCUGCUGCUGCUGCUGGGCCACUGUGUCGGCCACUAUGUGGCCUCGCUCCUGGGUCAGCCCUGGCUCUGUCUUGGCCUCGGCAUGGCCAGCCUGGCCUCCUUCAAGCUGGACCCCCUCAUCUCCUGGCAGAACGGGUUUGUAACAGGCACUUUUGAUCUUCAAGAGGUGCUGUUCCAGGGGGGCAGCGGCUUCACGGCGCUGCGCUGCACCAGCUUUGCGCUAGAGAGCUGUGCCCACCCUGAUCGCCGCUACUCCCUGGCUGACCUGCUCAAGUACAACUUCUACCUGCCGUUCUUCUUCUUCGGGCCCAUCAUGACCUUUGAUCGCUUCCAUGCCCAGGUGAGCCAGGUGGAGCCGGUGAGGCGCGAGGGUGAGCUGUGGCACAUCCGGGCCCAGGCGGGCCUCAGCGUGGCGGCCAUCAUAGCCGUGGACAUCUUCUUUCACUUCUUCUACAUCCUCACCAUCCCCAGUGACCUCAAGUUCGCCAGCCGCCUGCCGGACAGCGCCCUCGCUGCCCUAGCCUACUCAAACCUGGUGUAUGACUGGGUGAAGGCCGCUGUCCUGUUCGGCGUAGUCAACACGGUGGCGCGUCUCGACCACUUGGACCCGCCCCAGCCUCCCAAGUGCAUCACAGCGCUCUACAUCUUUGCGGAAACGCACUUUGACCGUGGCAUCAAUGACUGGCUUUGCAAGUACGUGUACGACCACAUCGGCGGGGAGCACUCUGAGGUGAUCCCCGAGCUGGCGGCCUCCGUGGCCACAUUUGCCGUCACCACCCUGUGGCUUGGGCCUUGUGACAUUGUCUACCUGUGGUCACUCCUAAACUGCUUUGGCCUCAACUUUGAGCUCUGGGUGCAGAAGCUGGCAGAGAGGGAGCCCUUGGCACACAUUGAGGCCUCUCUGUCGGAGCAGAUGUCUCGCAGGGUCCGGGGCAUCUUUGGGGCCAUGAACUUCUGGGCUAUCAUCAUGUACAACCUUGUAAGCCUGAACAGCCUGGAGUUCACAGAGCUGGUCGCCCGGCGCCUGCUACUCUCAGGGUUUCCCCAGACCACACUGGCCGUCCUGUUUGUCACCUACUGUGGUGUUCAGCUGGUGAAGGAGCGAGAGCGAACCCUGGCGCUAGAGGAGGAGCAGAAUCAGGACAAGUUGAAGCCGGAGUAGGCGGGAGGGGGGCGGGACGGCUCGGCUCAGCCAUUCCUGGGCCCAGGCCAGGCCAGGCCAGAUGAGGCCUGACCAAGAGAAUAAAAGACUUUUCUAUCACAGUUUGGCUGGCCC